AUGGAGUUAACGAGUCCGGUAGCGGAUAUGGAUCUCGGGCGAGCAAUCGAUCUUAUUAUAGAAGACCCCACGCUGCCGCCUCACCUUAAGGCAGCAUUGGGUUCUCUAUUGGAAAUGAAAGAUCAGCUUGGCUUGGUAAUAUCGAAAAACAAAGAACUGUUGGAGGAAAACAGCAACAUUCGUAAGCGAAACACGUUCAAUAAGUACACAGUACUGGAGAAGCAGCAGUGGAAUCAGCAGGCAAAUGAGCAAAAUAAGCGUAGAGGUCGUGAAAGUGUACUCCACAAGCGACCCAUAAGCCGAGAGGAUAACACUAGCGCAUAUAAUCGUGGCCUGCUUAUCGUUGUUGCACUGGCAGUCACAAGACACAGCCGCAGUGCUCCCAGAAAGCAUCAGUAG